AUGCGGACCUUCGUCGGAGCGCACCGGCCACUGCGGCUGCUUCCCGACCCCCGCACGCCCGCGCCACUCUCCUCCUCCUCCUCCUUCUCCCUUUCCGCCUGUUUGAUCGCCCACCGCCUGGCGCGCAAGCAUCUCGGCGCAUCUGCGCGCGCGCUGCCGUGCCCGCGCGCCACUCCGCCGCCCCGUUGUCUGCCGAACCAUCAGCCCUUGGCGUCCAGACCGCCCUCGCCCCGACCCCCCUGCCAGCGACCACUCGCUCUUCCGCACGGCGCCCCUGCCCGCCGCCUUCCACGCUCUCCGCAACGCCUCGCACCGCCUGCCGCUGACCCACAUCGCCCCGCGUCCGUCCUUCCGCCUGCCCGCCGUUGCCUUCUCCGCGUCGGCGGCACCGCCAGAGCCGGGGUGGGCUGCGGGGGGCGGAGGCGGAGGAAGGGGAGGAGAGAGAGAGGGGGAGGAAGUGGAGGAGGGGAGGAGGGGGAAGAGGGGGAGGAGGGGGAGGAGGGGGAGCGCGAGGGGAUGGAGUACGACGUGGUGGUGGUUGGCGGGGCUGGCGGCCGCGACUGGGCUGAAGCAUGUGGCUGUCCGUCGGUGUGUGCGGUGGAGAAGGGCGCGCAGGCAGCAGGUGCACGUCAAGAGCUCUUGACGACACGCUGUCUGAGGAGCUCGAUCACUGGCCUGCGCACCGUAGGAGCGCGUGCUGCCAAUGCAGACAGCUGGAACGCGAGUUGUGACGCGCCAUGCAUGUGGCGCCGUGUGUCUCUGUCUGGCGAAAAUGAGCCUGCGCACACACCCUGUCCCACCUUGGACCGUAGGCGCGCACACCCUGUCCCACCUUGGACCGUGUUUGAGCCGCGUGCGCACACCCUGUCCCACCUUGGACGAGCUGCUGCCGCACUGGCAGGUGGGGUUGGGUGGAUUGGAGGGGAGGUAAAUGAGGGAGAGGGGGAGGAAGAGGGGGGAGGGGGGGUAGGUGGGGGUGGGUGGGUAGACGGGGGUAAAGCGCCCAUCAGCGUGGCGGUGACGCGUGAUCGCUUCAUGCACCUCAUUAAGUCCCUGCCCGUGCCACUGCCACCGCCUUCCUCCAACCACGGCAACUGCGUCAUCAGUCUGAGCGAGCUAGUGCGGUGGAUGGCGGGCAGGGCGGAGGACAUGGACGGAGAUCUACCCGGGAGGGCUUCGCUGCCAGCAAGUGCACCUCGCCUCCUCUUUCCUCUGCUGCCCAUCACCCGUCCCAACUUCCUCCCUCGUCUCGCACCCCCUUACCUUACCUCACACACACUGCCAUGCCAUGUUCCGCCCCUCUCUCAAUGCUUCCUCUCUCACGUCCUCUUCUCUUCCCUCCCCACCGCCCACUGCUCUCUCCACUGCCCAUCCCUCUACCCCCUGCACUGCCACUGCCCAUCCCUCUCUUGUGUGGGAGGUGAUGGCGGCAUGCUCACUGCGUCUCAAGGUGGGCGCACAGCACCAGACACACGUGUCGGGGGUCAAGGGGGUGAGCGGCUCUGCCAGUGGGUAGCCGACAAGGGAGCGUGGCCACGGCAGAUGGGUCUGGGGCCCUAG